CCCAAAUGAUUGGUGCAGCUACUAAAUGUUAUAUUUGGAUUUUUUUUUCCUAAUUCUUGACAGGAGGAACCAACAAAAAGAAUGGAAGAGGCUGUCCUACUUAAUCGAACUUCUUUAGUGGCAUAUUUUUGGCUUAGAGGUUUAUCUGUAAAUCAAAAGGUACAGAUGGCUAUGUUUUCGAUGUUCCUCAUUUUCUAUGUCCUGACAUUGAUUGGGAACAUCCUCAUUGUCAUAACGAUUACCUAUAACCAUCGGCUCCAUACACCCAUGUAUUUCUUCCUCAGCAACCUGUCUGUUAUUGAUGUCUGCCACUCCACUGUCACUGUCCCCAAGAUGCUGAUAGACACCUGGUCAGAAAAAAAGCUCAUCUCUUUUGAUGCCUGUGUGACCCAGAUGUUCUUCCUGCACCUCUUUGCCUGCACAGAGAUCUUCCUCCUCACCGUCAUGGCCUAUGAUAGGUAUGUGGCCAUUUGUAAACCCCUGCAAUACAUGAUAGUGAUGAACUGGAAGGUAUGUGUGCUGCUGGCUGUGGCCCUCUGGACAGGGGGGACCAUCCACUCUAUCGCUCUGACUUCCCUCACCAUCAAGCUGCCCUACUGUGGUCCUGAUGAGAUUGACAACUUCUUCUGUGAUGUACCACAGGUGAUCAAACUGGCCUGCACCGAUACCCACAUCAUUGAGAUUCUCAUUGUCUCCAACAGUGGGGUGAUCUCUGUGGUCUGUUUUGUGGUCCUGGUGGUGUCCUACGCCGUCAUCCUGGUGAAUCUGAGGCAGCAGAUCUCUGAGGGCAGGCGGAAAGCCCUGUCCACGUGUGCAGCUCACCUCACGGUAGUCACCCUCUUCCUGGGACACUGCAUCUUCAUCUAUUCCCGCCCAUCCACCAGCCUGCCAGAGGACAAGGUGGUGUCUGUGUUUUUCACUGCUGUCACCCCUCUGCUGAAUCCCAUUAUCUAUACCCUUAGGAAUGAAGACAUGAAGAGUGCCUUGAACAAGUUAGUGGGAAGGAAGGAGAAGAAAGAGGAAAAAUGAAAAUGUCUAAGUCCUUAAGAUGCUUGGUGCUCCAAAUCAAAGAAAUGCCUUUCAAAGAAUAAUUUGCACA